CAAGGUAUCUUCCAUCUUUACCUACCGUACCCUGCCUCAACCACGUUCGAUGCCUCUUGAACUAUGAGACUGGCAAGGGCAAUCAAAGGACGCUGGAUUCCCUCUCUAUUUGCCAGGACAGGGGGUUGUCGAACAUUUAUUACGACAGCGCGCCUCGUUGACUCGAGCUCGUCCCCAUACUCUUCUGUCGACAUAGCCCGCUUCCGUGACGAGGCAUUCUCACCUGGACGUCCAUGGUUCUUUAAAGGCACCAGAGGCUCGUCAGGAAAAGACAGCUCCUUCCCAGCCUUACUCAAAUGGUUUGACGGUGACGGCAAGGCUAGCUCGCUGGCCCCAGGUCCUGCCCAUGCCGCCUUCAGUUCCUACAUGGGCCAGUUCGCCCAUCAUAUAUUCCCUUAUGAGCUCACCAUUCCUCAGCACCCGGAGGAGGACGAUGGCUCGGUAGAUCCUAUACAGCGGUUUAUCAGUUGGCUGCUGUCCGGCUCUGAUCCCGUGAACAUGAACACGAUGCUUUCCGGGAUUCUCCAAGGCGCGAUUCAGCCUCCCGCUGGUUCUGGACCGAGCUUCUCUCUCUUCCAAGCCCCCCUCCUACUCCUUCUAAGGGCAGUGGAGUUUAACCAGUCGCAAGACGACAUCAUCCUCAAGCAACUUUACAUUGCCCAGUCUCCGCUUUCUGACCUACCCGCCCAUCUCCAGCGAGACCUGCCAACGCCGCGCCUGGUCAGGGAAGCAGGCAAAGGCGAUGUGUACAACUCCAGCGUCUGGAUGGGCCUGGAGCCGACAUAUACCCCGCUACACCGGGACCCUAACCCCAACCUCUUCUGUCAGCUUCUCAGUGACAAGACGGUCAGGCUGCUGUCUCCGCAGGCUGGAGACCGGGCGUUCCGACGAGUGCAGGCGCAGCUUGGGCGGCCGGCGAAUAGCCGCAUCCGUGGGACGGAGAUGAUGCAGGGACCGGAAAGGGUUGCGUUGAAUGCCAUUGUCUGGGGUUCCGACGCCUCGGGGGACAUACUCGAAGCGCGACUGGGCCCUGGCGAUGCCCUGUUUAUCCCUACGGGGUGGUGGCACAGCGUCAAGAGCACCCAUACCGAUGGACGACUCAACGUGUCUGCUAAUUGGUGGUUCCGGUGAUGGAGCCUCCUGGCCUUGCGGCUUGCAAACAGCCCGUCCACGCUUUUCUUGCAUAAUUAGGGCCCCGAAUCUGAAGGUGGUUCACAUGUUCCAACAUUGUUUUCGAUGUCUAUUUUCCCUGUCACGUAGUGGGGCACAUGGGUAGGUAGCCGGGGGGGGGUUUCUUCUU